UCUUUCCUCAUUGGCUCGUCGGGGAGCCACGAGCGCGCUGCGUUCACUGCGCGCUCAUGGCGUUCCACUCGCGCUCGACAGCUGCGACUGACGUAUUCGGACAAGAAAUGAAUGCCCUGUGAAACUUCUCCGUCUCCCGAACGCGAUGUCUGCAGGCGCCGUGGGUGUUUCCCCGCUCAUUCCUCCGGUGUAAGCGAUCCGAAAGCCCGCCGGUGGAUCGGCGCGUCACGUUUUUUUUUAUUUAUAUAUAUUUUUUGCCGACAGCACCACGGAAAACACGACCCGAAGCGGUUUGCUUUUUUAAAUUUCAUGACCGCGCGCUAAGUUGGAAACGACUCCGGAUCGUUGGCUGCGGGGAGAGAUGGGCACUUUACGCGAUCUCCAGUACGCGCUGCAGGAGAAGAUCGAAGAGCUGAGACAGAGAGACGCGCUCAUCGACGAACUGGAGUUGGAGCUGGACCAGAAAGACGAACUCAUCCAGAAGCUUCAGAACGAGUUAGACAAAUACCGAUCCGUUAUAAGACCGGCGACUCAACAAGUCCACAAACAGAGUGUCCUCCAAGAGCAGCAGAGGACCAAGAGACAGGCGAUCUCAGCCGAACCUACAGCCUUUGAUAUUCAAGACCUCAAUCACGUCACCUUGCCUUUCUACCCGAAGAGCCCACAGUCUAAGGAACUAAUCAAAGAAGCCAUUCUUGACAAUGACUUCAUGAAGAACCUGGAGCUGUCUCAGAUUCAGGAGAUUGUGGACUGCAUGUACCCUGUGGAGUAUGAUAAAGAAAGUUGUAUCAUCAAAGAAGGCGAUGUGGGCUCCCUGGUCUAUGUCAUGGAAGAUGGCAAGGUGGAGGUGACCAAAGAAGGCAUGAAACUCUGCACCAUGGGACCAGGGAAGGUGUUCGGAGAGCUCGCCAUCCUCUACAACUGCACCAGGACUGCUACGGUACAGACCCUCACGAAUGUGAAGUUAUGGGCCAUCGACCGCCAGUGUUUCCAGACCAUCAUGAUGAGGACCGGACUCAUCAAGCAUGCCGAGUACAUGGAGUUUCUGAAGAGUGUUCCAACAUUCCAAGGCCUUCCAGAAGAAAUACUCAGCAAGCUAGCUGAUGUACUGGAAGAGACUCACUACAGUGAUGGAGAGUACAUUAUUAGACAAGGUGCCAGAGGGGACACGUUCUUUAUCAUUAGCAAGGGAAAGGUGAACGUUACUCGAGAAGAUCCACCCAACGGGACCCCUGUCUAUCUGCGAGCGUUGGGUAAAGGAGACUGGUUUGGAGAAAAAGCUCUUCAAGGAGAAGACAUCAGGACGGCUAAUGUCAUCGCCGCUGAAGCUGUCACCUGCCUCGUCAUCGACAGAGAGUCCUUCAAACACUUGAUCGGAGGUUUGGACGAUGUCUCAAACAAAGGCUACGAUGAUGCUGGCGCCAAAGCAAAAUACGAGGCAGAGAAUGCCUUCUUCUCCAACCUGAAGCUGGUGGACUUCAACAUCAUUGAUACCUUGGGAGUUGGAGGAUUCGGAAGAGUUGAGCUGGUGCAGCUCAAAAGUGAAGAGACCAAAACGUUUGCAAUGAAGAUUCUGAAGAAACGUCACAUCGUGGACACGCGGCAACAGGAACACAUCCGCUCUGAGAAACAGAUCAUGCAGGAGGCACAUUCAGACUUCAUUGUAAGGUUGUACAGGACUUUCAAAGACAGUAAAUAUCUGUACAUGUUGAUGGAGGCCUGUCUAGGAGGAGAGCUUUGGACCAUUCUUAGAGACAGAGGAUCAUUUGAAGACUCCACUACACGGUUUUAUACAGCCUGUGUGGUUGAAGCCUUCGCUUACUUGCAUUCCAAAGGAAUAAUUUAUCGUGAUUUAAAGCCAGAAAAUCUCAUUCUGGAUCAUAGAGGAUAUGCCAAGCUUGUGGACUUUGGAUUCGCUAAAAAGAUUGGAUUUGGGAAGAAAACUUGGACAUUCUGCGGAACGCCAGAGUAUGUAGCCCCAGAGAUCAUACUGAAUAAAGGCCAUGAUAUCUCAGCAGACUACUGGUCAUUGGGAAUUCUUAUGUAUGAACUCUUGACUGGAAGCCCACCAUUCUCAGGACCGGAUCCAAUGAAGACCUAUAAUAUCAUUUUGAGAGGAAUCGACAUGAUAGAAUUUCCAAAGAAGAUCACCAAAAAUGCAGGCAAUCUAAUUAAAAAACUAUGCAGGGACAAUCCGUCUGAGAGGCUAGGAAACUUGAAAAAUGGAGUCAAAGAUAUCCAAAAGCACAAAUGGUUUGAAGGCUUUAACUGGGAAGGCCUGCGCAAAGGAACACACCCUCCAAUUAUUCCCGAUGUUGCAAGCCCGACUGACACCAGUAACUUUGAUAGCUUUCCUGAGGACAAUGAGGACCCUCCCCCAGAUGACAAUUCCGGCUGGGACACUGAUUUCUAAAACUGAAUCUCGUAACAUGCCCUGCCCUGGAGUGUCCCGUGUGGUUCGUCGGCGAAGAGGAGAACGAAAGACGUCAAGCCCUGCUCUGUGACACCAAGUUGCCUUCGCCCACACUUCUGUUCUGCGGUGCCACUGGGGGUGUCUCAGUCCCCGCCGCACUCCAAGACACCCGUAAACUGUCCUAACCAGAAGCACCCAACACGGACUCGUGCUGGAGCCGAUUGUUCAUAAAUGAGCCCUUCAUUUUUUUUCUUUUUUUUUUCUCUGCUGUUUUAUGUUUGACUGAUUGCACAAGCAGUGGUUUCAGGUUUUCGGUAUUAAAAACAGAAUCAUAAGUAGAGACAGUACUAUGAUCUGGAUUAAGUAUUGAUAAUGUUUAAGAUGCAUUUUUGAAAGGAAUUUGAUCUGUGGUUACUUCUGACAGCAUGACAAGUUGUGUAUUCGUAUGGCUAUUAUAUUUGGAACAGAAACACACCUGUUUCAAAUACUUAAAAAGGUGAAAAAAUCCUGUUUUGGAGAUUUAUUGAUUUUAAUUGAUAUUAUUAAAUUGAUUUCUAAGUAUUAUUUUAAUGCAUAUAGCUCUUAAAGGAAUAAUUCACCAAAAAAAUGAAAAAUCUGUCUCAGUCAUGUACUUCCGAACCUGUACGGUUUUCUUUCUUCUGCGGAACAUGAAAUAAUAUAUUCUGAAAAAUGCUAUUAUAUGAAAAAUAUGAAACUUCUCCGGUUUGGAAAACGUGAGGGUGAGCGAACGACGACCAUUUUUGCGAUUUAUUGCAGACUGCCUCUUUAAAAGUUUUUUUUUUUUUACACAUCUGAAUACAUUUCGUUUGCAUAAUGGGAAACCUUUUUUUCUUUAUUUCUUUAAGACAAUUGGACUCCACUCAAAUAAUGAAUCAAGACUCAAUACGGUUUGUGCACCACUAGAGGGCAUGCUUUUUACUAAAAUACACACUUGACCGUGCUUCCACAGCGGAAGGGCAGUCGAGUCACUUCUUCCCUGAUAAAAACGUGGGUAAGAACGGAAUUUUAUUUAUGAAGUUACGUAAUCAACAGCUCUAUUAAUGAUACCAGACAUACUUUCUGAAUAUUUUCCCCUGUCAUUUUCCCCAAUCUUAUUCAUGACUCUACUUGACUCGUUUAAACAACGACGAGAAGACUGCCUGUAGUCUAUAAUAGCUUGAACACAAAGUGCUGUGCUGGAAAACCAAUUAUGUAAUCUUAUUUAUUGUAGGACCAGGGGUAAAUGUUUAUGUAUAUAUACAGUGGUAAUAUUUUUGUGAUAUUUGUAGAGAUUUAUUGUCAGAGUAAAACCAGUCCUAUUGCCUUUUUUCCUGUAAGCUUUUUUUAGUUCUCUGUUAUCUUUACUUUUCGAGAUGGAUAUUCUGUGCUCACCGUGUAUCUUUUGGCAUUAUUGAAAGUGCCUUAACACAAUGGCAUCCGUAAUUCACCCUGCUUGUUUUGAUGCUGCACGACUAGGUCAGACACCUCAAACUAUUCUUCUUAAUCAGUUGUGGCUUUUUUAAAGGUACAGAGAUUUAUAUGCCAUUUUCUUACAAUAAAAGCAUAUUUCAAAGUAA